GUCUGCUGUCACAUUCUGUUUGUACGUGUGUUUUGCUGUGAUAUCUUACUGUGAAAUACAGGAUUUUUGUUGAGAAUUAAUUAACCGUUAGGACAGAUCGGUUAGCGAUGUCUACUUCCGGUGACUUCGGGAAUCCGCUGCGUAAAUUUAAGUUAGUUUUUCUAGGCGAACAAAGCGUCGGUAAAACGUCGCUUAUAACCAGAUUCAUGUACGAUAGCUUUGAUAAUACUUAUCAGGCAACGAUAGGUAUCGACUUUUUAUCAAAAACAAUGUACUUAGAAGAUAGAACGGUUAGACUCCAACUAUGGGAUACUGCGGGUCAAGAACGUUUCCGUUCGUUAAUUCCUUCUUACAUCCGUGAUUCGACGGUGGCCGUCGUUGUUUAUGAUAUUACAAAUGCAAACUCGUUUCAUCAAACAUCAAAGUGGAUCGACGAUGUGCGCACUGAAAGGGGUACGGAUGUCAUUAUAAUGCUAGUGGGCAACAAGACGGACCUCUCGGACAAGCGGCAGGUUAGCACGGAAGAGGGUGAACGCAAGGCUAAGGAGUUGAAUGUUAUGUUUAUUGAAACCAGUGCGAAAGCUGGUUAUAAUGUUAAGCAGUUAUUCAGGCGUGUAGCUGCAGCACUCCCAGGAAUGGAUUCAACGGAAAAUAAGCCCCCAGAAGACAUGCAAGAAGUCGUGUUGAAAGACACGCCGAACGAGACUAAAGACCCCGACGGAGGUUGUGCAUGUUGACCGCUGGCUCGGUCACCGUCCUUUGUUUCCGAAUUGCCCGCUCGCCUUAAGUACCACCACGGUUAUGUUGUUUUAUAAUUUUUUAAAGGAUUUUGCCCACGGAUGAGACUCAAUGCGCGAUUCCGUGCUUAAUUAAAUAAAAAAAAUAAUCGGUAGGUGCCAUUGGUUCCGCAGCUAAUUCAAGCGAUUUGGAAUCGCUGUAAUUGAGUCUUAUUCCAUCCGUAGCUUGUACAUAAUAUGAAUAUUUAAUUCCGUACGCACUUUUGCGUUUUGUAUAUUUAUUUGGGUAAAAAAACACAUGAGAUUUAAUAAUAUGUAAUUUGUGCAAUUUCAAUCUGUAUAUGUUACUUUAAUAUAAUUGCAUGAUUCGGCAUGAUUAGGAAAUAAAGCAAUUUUAUGUAUUCGGUUUUGUUUUAACAAAACAUUUAGAUUGUCUAAUGUUUUUCAGAUAUUGUACUCCGCUAUUUUUCAAAUAUAAAUUUAUUGGUAUGUUUUGUUAGAAUAAAGCCAAAUAUGCAGGAUGUUAUAAAAGAAAUUUUUUAAGAGAAACCUGUAUUUAUUUGUAUAUGUUGUUUUAUCAUUAUUUUUAUAUAUAAAUACUACGUUUGUUUUGUGCGGGGUGAGUUGUAAUAAUGCGUAAUAAUGCUUAAUGUUAUUAGAACUCAUCUUGUAUAUGAUUUUUGUAUAUAAAUAAUGUUGCGUGUACACGCGGAUUUAACGGGUUCGAGUCCGUGUUUGUUUUUGCCAUUGACUGCAUUAAUGGUGUUGGUGCUUGAAAGCUGAGCCGCGGUAUGCCACGUGUGCACGUUUGCAUGGACAAUGUUUGAAAAAUCAAAACACUACUCAUUCCACAAACGUUGCAUGGUAUUUAAGUAUUAUAAGUAUUACCUACUCUCUGAAGGCGUGAAGCAAGACAAACUGAUGCGUGUCUUUUUUUUUCUUAACAUAUAUAGCCGUUGACUUGCAAACUCAACCACAACUGCAAAACGACCAAAACGAUUCGGAAGGGGGUUGCAUGUGCUAACUAAGCAGUAACAUAAACGAGAAUGGAUUUUUAAUAAUAAUAAUAAUAAUUAUAAUAAUAAUCGUUUAGUUGGAUAAUAAGAGUAGCCUAUGCCUUUGUUGAUAAAAAAAAUAAUAAUAAAAAACAAGCUAUAUAUGUGAUUCCUUGGUUACGCAGUUGGCACUAUGUGUGUGGAAUAAUUGGAUAACUAAAGGUAUAUGUUAUAUUUAACCCAUCUUUAAUAAUGACGAAUCGCCCUAUGCCUUUUCGAUGAAAUAUAUAUAAAUAUUUAUUUUUCUCACGUUCUCAUACCACCUCAUUACUAUCACUUACGGACAUAUAGCUAAGUAUCUAAACGGUGUAUGAUUUUUUUGCACAAGUUUAAAGCAAAAGUAAAAUAUAUUUAGUAACGGACGCCACACGUUUCUUCACCUUUCCAUUUUUUUUUCCAGCGGGUGCGUUGUACACUUCCACUAUAUUUUUUCCCCUUAUCGAUACUGUUGGAUGAAAAAAAAGUAAUAUAUUGUAAAGUAAUUUUUAAUUUAUCAUUUGUUGGAAAUUAAUUAAUACGAAAGUGAAUAACCUAUUACCGAUGUAUGUACCGCUUUCAUACUUUUUGUUUACUAUUGUUUUUUUUUUAACUGCAAAUGAUAAUAAAAAUUUAUUAACAACGA